AUGUCUGUAUUUUUGAAGACUAUUAUUAUUGUUUUUCCGGUGUUGUUAUAUUAUAUCAUUAUUGUAACUGAAGGCUUAAGAUGCUUGUGCCAUACUUCAAUUAAAAAGUAUUAUAAUUUUGAAGAAAAUAAUCCGAAUCGAAACUUGACCAUAGGAUUGAUUUUCCUUUGCUUUACAGUCAUAUUAGAGUGGUAUAAUGUAUCUCAAAUAAUUAACACAGAUCAAUCCUUGAUCUUCUGGGUAAAAGGUAUUACAGUAGGAAACACUGUUUUAAUUGCUGCAAUUUUUGGACUGGUUUUAUUUACGGAGUAUUUGAAACCAAAUGAAUCGAUUGCAACUUUCAAUGAUAUUCAAGAUGAUUUCAAGUCUUCUUUGAUUUCUUAA